CAAAGAUGUGCGAUAUUUUGAUUUAUUAAUGUAAAUAUGUACGAUGAUUAAAAAUAUGUGAAUAUUGUGUGGCUUCAACUUGAUCUGCAUGACAGACUAUUUCUGUGAUUAUUUUAGAAUCUAUUAACUUCGACAAUCCCCAAGAUGGACUUGCAGAAAUCUUUUAUAAUAGAUUUCAUGGCAGGCGGUCUGUCUGCGGCAAUUGCGAAGACAGCAGUUGCUCCUCUCGAAAGAGUGAAAUUAUUGUUGCAAGUGCAGCAUACCUCGAAGCAAAUAAGACCUGAACUACAAUAUAAGGGUAUGAUAGACGCAUUUGUACGUAUACCUCAGGAAACAGGAUUUUUCAGUUUCUACAGAGGCAAUCUUGCCAACGUUGUUCGAUACUUUCCCACUCAGGCGCUCAAUUUUGCGUUUAAAGACAAAUUUAAGGCCUUCUUUCUGGAAGGCGUGCCAUCAGAAGCCUUUUGGCGACAAUUUAUUGGGAAUCUGGCAGCUGGUGGUGCCGCUGGUGCUACAUCACUUUUAUUCGUUUAUCCCCUUGACCUUGCUCGUACCAGAUUAGCCGCUGAUGUUGGAAAGGGCGAAGGGCGAGAAUUUAAAGGUAUAAAUGAUUGUAUAUUAAAGAUUUUUAAAUCGGAUGGAUUUCUCGGAUUGUAUCGUGGCUUUAAUGUCAGUGUGCAAGGAAUUAUUAUAUACCGUGCGACAUAUUUUGGAUUUUAUGAUACUAUGAGAGGUAUGCUGUCCGAUCCGAAGAGUACACCAUUGUAUAUGAAUUUUAUAAUCGCCGAGAUAGUAACUACGAUGGCGGGUAUUGUGUCCUAUCCCUUCGAUACAGUUAGGAGACGAAUGAUGAUGCAAUCGGGACGAAAGAAGAUUGACAUGAUGUAUAAAAAUACAUUAGAUUGUUGGAUAAAAAUAACAAAAAACGAAGGUUCCACAGCUUUCUUUAAAGGUGCAUUCUCCAAUAUUCUUCGUGGUACCGGUGGUGCUAUCGUUUUAACGCUAUACGAUACAAUCAAAGAUUCACUUACGAAAAUAAUCUUUAAAACGCCAUAGGAAACCUUAACAAUUAAGUCAGUCCUGCAGAGUACGCAAAAAGCUCAUCAUAUAGGAUAUGUACGAUUAAGAAAUGUUUGAAUUUUAUACAUAAUUAUGUAAGCAUUCUCAUUCAAGUACAAUAAUAAAUAAUAUAUUAUCAAAAAAAAUUCUAUUAAAAAUAUAGAAACAUGAUUUCAGUAUUACUGUUGCUUUCAUAGCUAAAAAAAUCUUCAUAGCUAAAAAAAGCUAUUAGAACGUCAAAAUUAUUGAAAUCCCUUUGCAAAUUAGUUUUGUAAUGGAUGUACAAUCUAUGUAUUAAUUUUUUUCUACAUAUAUAAAGUAGUAAUAAAUAUCUAAGAAAACUUAAAAUAUUUAUCACAAGCACCUCUGGUAAAAAAACAUGUGCAUGUCACAAUAUUAAUAGUUGUUUGAUUAAUACAUAUUUAAUAGUUUAUUAUUUAAUGUACUGUAAUCACAGAAUAAAUUAUAAAAUAUCUGAUUAUUUUCAUUUUUGAUAUCAAUCGUGACACAGUCCACAAAUAUAAUUUUACAAAGAUAAAUAAUUGCUAACGCUUAAUGUUACUUAAUUAUGCAAUAUUUUACAUCGAUAUAAACUCGCGGAAGGUCUGCUCCAAAAGGAUUGAACAAAUCGUUGCAA